CUGACUUGCCGCCGCCGCCGCUGCUGAUCAACGGGUCGCCGUCGACGAUGACAACUUUAGCGAACGGGCAGGCGGACGGCGCGGCGAACGGGCUCGUGAACGGAAUAAGCCACGGUCACGGCGCGCCGGGCUGCGCCACCAUUCCCAUGAAGGACCAUGACGCCAUCAAGCUGUUUGUCGGCCAGAUCCCGCGCAACCUGGACGAGAAGGACCUGCGGCCGCUCUUCGAGGAGUUCGGCAAGAUCUACGAGCUCACCGUGCUGAAGGACCGAUUCACGGGCAUGCACAAAGGCUGUGCCUUUCUUACAUACUGUGCCAGAGAGUCAGCAUUGAAAGCCCAGACGGCCCUGCAUGAGCAGAAGACAUUGCCAGGGAUGAACAGGCCGAUCCAGGUGAAACCUGCCGACAGCGAGAGCAGAGGAGAAGACAGAAAGCUGUUUGUGGGCAUGCUGAACAAGCAGCAGUGCGAGGAUGACGUGCGACGCCUGUUUGAGGCCUUCGGCAGCAUCGAGGAGUGCACCAUUCUCCGAGGCCCUGACGGAAACAGCAAAGGCUGUGCGUUUGUGAAGUACUCCUCUCAUGCAGAAGCUCAGGCAGCCAUCAGCGCGCUACACGGCAGCCAAACCAUGCCUGGUGCCUCUUCCAGUCUGGUUGUGAAGUUUGCAGACACAGAUAAAGAACGCACCAUUCGGCGCAUGCAGCAGAUGGCUGGUCAGAUGGGCAUCUUCAAUCCUAUGGCCCUGCAGUUUGGAGCGUAUGGAGCCUACGCACAGGUGCAGCAGCAGGCAGCACUGAUGGCGUCUGUAGGACAGGGAGCGUAUCUCAGUCCUAUGGCUGCGUUCGCUGCAGCUCAGAUGCAGCACAUGGCCACCAUCAAUGGUCUGCCAGGAGCCCCCAUGACCCCUACGUCAGGAGGGAGCACACCCCCAGGGAUUACCGCUCCCACGGUGACCAGCAUCCCCUCUCCAAUCAGUGUGAACGGUUUCACGGGACUGCCCCCUCCUCAAGCCAACGGCCAGCCACCUGCCGAGGCUGUGUUCACCAACGGGAUCCACCCAUAUCCAGUGUUGCAGGAGGUGGUUUUUAGGGAAGACUCGGAGAAGGGCGGCUUGGGCGUCGCUCAGCGGAGUUGUUUUGGGGUACAGGGAAGCUGUUUCCUCUCUUCUCUAUCUGAAGCUCAGAGUCCCACAGCAGCUGAUCCUCUUCAGCAGGCGUAUGCGGGAGUCCAGCAAUAUGCAGCCUACCCAGCUGCAUACGGACAGAUCAGCCAGGCCUUUCCUCAGCCUCCUCCUAUAAUCCCACAGCAGCAGAGAGAAGGGCCGGAAGGCUGUAACCUGUUCAUCUACCACCUCCCUCAGGAGUUUGGGGAUGGCGAGCUCAUGCAGAUGUUCCUGCCUUUCGGUAAUGUCAUCUCCUCCAAAGUGUUUGUGGAUCGGGCGACAAACCAAAGUAAAUGCUUUGGCUUUGUGAGCUUCGAUAACCCAGCCAGUGCCCAGGCUGCCAUCCAAUCCAUGAAUGGCUUCCAGAUCGGCAUGAAGAGACUCAAAGUGCAGCUCAAAAGGCCAAAGGAUGCCAACCGCCCUUAUUAGCCCCGCCCCCGAUGUCCCUCACCCUGGAGGUGAAGGCCACUGUAGCACUGGGGGAACAACAGGUUUUAUAGAGAGGGAACCCAUGUUGAUAACAUGACUAACACACAAAAGAGACACAAAAGGACAAGCUCAACGUGGCUGUGG